AUGGGCCAGGAGGCAGGACCCCCCUCCGCCGGCCGAGGGCAUGAAGACGGCGCCUGUGUGGGCUCCGGCCCGCCCCGCAUCGGCGCCUUUGCCGCGGUGGUGAUGGUCACCUUUGACCGCGCCGAGUACCUGGCACGGGCGCUGGAGAGCAUGCUCCACGUCCACGCCCUGGACCCCGACAACCAGUUGCGCUUUCCCCUGUACAUCAGCCAGGACUCGGAUGCUCCUGGCGUCCAGGAGGUCAUCGAGCAGCAUCUGGACAAGCUGCGAUACCUGCAGCACCGAGAGGUGGCUCCUCCCAUCCCCUCAAACAAGCGGGAGAUACUGGCGUACUACAGAAUUGCCAACCAUUACAAGUUCAUCUUCCAGACCUUCUUCGACUGCUUUGGAUUUGCGCGACUCAUCAUUCUGGAGGACGACAUGCUCCUCGCCCCUGAUUUUUUCCCCUACUUUCUUGGUCUCGGCCGCUUCAUGGACGCAGACCCUAGCCUGUACUGUGUCAGCUCCUGGAACGACCACGGACAGUCAAAGUUUGUGAGGGACCAGCACACUCUGCACCGCACCGACUUCUUCCCGGGCCUGGGAUGGAUGACUAAUGCCGGAGUCUGGACCAGCAUCAGGGAGGCCUGGCCCCCAGCAUACUGGGACGACUGGAUGAGGCUCAACUCCACGAGACAGGGCCGGCAGUGCAUCAGGCCCGAGGUCAGCCGCACCUACAAUUUUGGCGAGCACGGCUCGAGCAAGGGCCAGUACUUCCGCACCUUCCUCAAGCCCGUGACUCUGGCCAGCGAGGCCAUCGACUGGGCGAGCGAGGACCUGAGCCACCUCCUGCCGGACGAGUAUGCCACGCGCUUCGAGGCAAUGCUGGCCUCCGCGCCCACGCUGGCCGCCGACGCGGCAUGGACCUCCGCUGCCGGUCCCGUCCGCGUGGAGUAUGCCAGCCUGCAACAGUACCGGCUGAUCACGGGGAGGUACCGCAUGCUGCGCGAGUGGAAGGACGGCGUGCCGCGCGCCGCUUACCGCGGCGUCGUGCGCGUGAGAAACCCGAACGGCGUGGAGGUGCUCAUCGCGCCGGUGCCGGGGUUUGACCCCGGUGCGGCGGCGGCCUCCGGGGAGGGCCGGGCGCAGGAGCCGGGGGGCGCCAUGGGCAGGUGA